AUGAUCUGUUCGCUCCUACUCAAGACCGCGACGUUGGUGUCGUCAACUCUCCUGACGUCGGUCGGAUCCACUUACGUGAGUCAAGGGGGGGUCGUCACCCUCUCGCAUCCGUCUGGCUCCUUUGCGAAGAUGUCCACUCACGGUGCGACCGUGUUCUCCUUUAGCCCGGCUUAUGACCCGUACGGGGACGUACUGGUCAUGUCCAACGAUUCGGUCUAUGACGGCAUUAAACCCCUCAGUGGCGGCAUUACUGUCGUGUUCCCGAACCGUGACGUCUCCAAGGACUAUCCCGUUCCUGAGCUCGGGUUUGCUCGUGUCAGCAAAUGGACCCUCGAAAACGUGGACCUGACGAGUGACAAAAACUCGUACAGUUCUGCCAUGUUCCGCUUGGAAUCCAGUGAGAACACCCGUCGGAUGUGGCCUUUUGAUUUCAGGCUGGUUUACGAGGUGCGAUUGUACUCUACUUGUCUCGAAACGGAGCUGACCGUGAUGAACAUUGGCUCCAAAGGCAUGGUGUUCCAAGCGCUGCUGAACAACCACUUCUAUGUCAACGACGUCCGCAACAAUGGUGUGGAGGUUUCGGGCCUUCAGGGCGUCGAGUACUUCGACCGGGUGACGGGGAAAACCCAGAACGAUAUGCGUGAGAGCUUCGGCAUCAUGUCACGAGUCGACAACCUCUACAAGGACGUCAAGAACGACGUGACCGCCACCAUCAAGGGUGCAGGAUACACCAAGAAGGUCGUCGUCGAGAAAUCCGCGCUGCUCCAUACUGGUACCGUCCCACCGGUCCCCCUCAGUACUGACUGCGUCGUCUCGAACCCCUGGAAUAAAGAUACCAAGAGUGACUUCAGUAACGAGGAGUACAUUCACUUGGUCGCCAUUGGAGUUGGGACAGUGAGUGGAAAGGUCGGGGUUCUUCCUGAUGAUUCGUACACUCUGAACCAGGUCAUCAAGGUCUCGAGGUACCCGUAG